AUGGUCUCCCCCCAAUUUGAGAAAGCUGCCAUCGAGAUCGAGCAGAUCAACGGCAAGCUUGCUAACGACGAUCUGCUAGAUCUCUACGCCACCUUCAAGAUCGCUCAUGGCCAGGAGCCUUCUAAGCCAGGCAUGUUCGACAUGGCCGGUAAAGCUAAGAGCAAGCGUUACACCGAGUGGAAGGAGAAGGGUACCACCGCCGAGCAAGCCGAGCAAGAGUACAUCAAGCUAGUUGAAGGCUUUAAGACCAAGCAUGGACAUGACCCAACACGCACCACCAAGGCUGAUGGCACCGCGAUCGACGAGAAGAAGCUGCAGAGACUGAAGGAGUUGUGA